AUCACCAAAUUUCAAGUGCAAUGGAUGCGUAAGGAAGUGUCGAACGGGGCUACGUAAAAUUUCCUUCGGCUGUGCGUGUGUGUUAGCGAGUCCUGCUGCAGCAAGUGCAGUGCAAGUGUUCCCAAAAUGUCCGUGGUUCGAACGAAAGUCCUGGGACUGGUGGACGUGAUAAUGCGUGUGCCCAGUCUGUUUAUCAUAGACGAAAUACUCAAAAUGGGCAUGGGCGUGCCGAUGCAAGUGGCAUUGCAGGCGACCAACAGUACCGUCCAAUCAAAUUAUGAGCUCCCGAUGGAAAAAAUGCUCCCGGAGGACGAACGAGGAAUGCAGGAUAACAUUGAAAUGUACAAAGUCAUCUCGUUGGCCGUGCUCAAGUUUCUCAUCUGCCUGUUCGGUGCAAUCAGUGCGGCAUGUGUGUUUAUGCUUUGGACUCGUCAUUUAGUCAUCGUGUACAUGUACAUUCUCUCCGUGGGCUUGAUAUUUCUCUCCUACUGGAGCAAUGUGUCCGCACUGUCGGUCAUAUCGGAUAGCCCAAGCCUGUUGGAGGAUGUACUGUCGCUCAAUAUGGACCGGUUGCUCGAUCCGGGAGGUGUUCUAAUCUCCAUACUACCGCACCUAUUGGCCCAAUGGCUAAUGGGUGUCAUAUUCGCAUAUAUUCAUUUAGGACCCAGGUAUAAAAUCACCCAGAAAGCUCUGCCGUUUAGCUUUCUUAUGCCGUUGCUGCUCGCGAUGCUACCACUUCCGUCGGUGGUGUUGAAACAUUCCCCCGCGUUUGCUGCCAUCCUGCCCCUAGUGCUGUCCAAGAUUGCCCUCUGGAGUUCGUCUUUCGACGUGGUCAAGACGAUCCUCAACGGGUAUCAGCAUGCUCGCAAUUUUGCCGGUAACUUUGGCAUUGCGACGUUGAUCGAGAAUGAGUGGCAACGAUUGAACGUACCCUGCGUUCUGCGAGUCUUCUGGACCUUGCGGCUCACCGAACAUCUCGUCAGUCUGCUCAUGUCCUCCGAAGCACCACUACGGUUUGCGGCUACCGUUCAAAGCUUGCUAGUCAGUGGAUGCGAAACGCUUACGGCCGUUCUCGGUAUGACCAGUAUCAUCUCGCUGAUCUGCCACUACAUCGGUAAGAUGUUUCAGCUGUUCCUGCUCUCCGAGGACUAUGACGAGGACAAGUCGAUCGGUACGGUGUCUGCGAUACUGUUCUACAUUCUUGCCCUCCAGACAGGCCUUACAUCACUCACGCCAGACAAGCGUAUCGUCCGGUUGUGUCGCAAUAUGUGUCUGCUAGUGACGGCUUUGUUGCACUUUCUGCACAACAUUGUUGCACCCAUACUAAUGUCACUGAGUGCUGCUCGAAAUCCCUCACGCAAACGCCAUGCAAGGGCGUUAAUGGUGUGUGCUUUCCUUCUAAUCGCGCCGGGAUCACUGUUGACUGUGCUCUGGUCACGCCACUCUCCCUCCACCUGGCUGCUAGCCGUGACCGCUUUCUCGGUGGAAGUGAUCGUGAAGGUGCUCGUAAGCUUGGCAACUUACACACUCUUCCUGCUGGACGCACGUCGGCAAACGUUCUGGGAGAAGCUGGAUGAUUACGUCUACUACAUACGGGCGUUUGGCAACUCGGUCGAGUUUUGCUUCGGAAUUUUCCUCUUCUUUAAUGGUGCCUGGAUAUUGACGUUUGAGUCCGAAACGAUUCCCAUAGGCGGCGCCAUCCGUGCACUGAUGAUGGGCAUCCAUGCGUACUUCAACAUCUGGUGCGAGGCGCGUGCCGGCUGGGGUGUGUUCAUGAAGCGGCGUACGGCAGUGCACAAAAUUUCGUCCUUGCCGGAGGCAACCAUCGCCCAACUGCGCCAGUUCGACGAUGUGUGCGCCAUUUGCUAUCAGGACAUGACGUCCGCUAAGAUCACGCGCUGCAAUCAUUAUUUCCACGGUGUUUGUUUGCGUAAAUGGCUUUACGUGCAGGAUCGGUGCCCGUUGUGUCACGAGAUUAUUAUGAACCAAGAUGUAAAUCCGGGUGAGGAUGGUACUGAAGAACGAGUUCACGAUAAUGGACAGCCACAAGGCUCCGAUGCCAUUGGACUCCAAAAUAUGUCACAAAAUACAACUGGUGUCAAUUUGCAACCGCAAACCUCCGGACAAUCGAGUGGUACAUUACUUUCGUCACUGACGGAAGCUGAAAGUGAAGCGACUGGAGGCGAUACCACCAGCGGAAGCAGCAGUCAAAGUGGAAGCGAAGGUACGGGUGAUACAGGAAAUUUAACCAAUGGAAGCACCGGUAGCAGUAAUAGUAGCGGUGGUACCCUUUCCGGCAUGACGAAUAGUUCCCUCGUGUCAGCGGCUGCCAUCUCGUUCAAUCUUCGACGACAUCAUGCCCUGUUGCAACAACAGCAGCAAUCGCAACAAGCACAACAAUUGUUCGGAGAGCAGCAGUCGCGCAUGCAGCGGGAACUUCUGUCGGCGAGAAUAAGCUCCGAACCCACAGCGAGAUCUUCGCCCGGUCGGGCUGAAUCUGAGCAGCGACGAUCAUCCACAUCGACGGAUUGCGAUUGCGGUCAACAGGUUCCCAGCCUACUAGACGAUGAUCAUCCGUGAUGGAGCAUGAUGGACUGAAUGAACGGGUCAUAAGACGUGAGCUUACUGGGCGUGGGAUCGAAAGAGAUGUCGUCAAAUGUACAUUCGGGAACGUGAUGGAUUGGUAUAUGUGAGAGUGAAAGAGAGUAUGCAAGAGUGUAUAAUUUAUGUAUGACUGACGAAGGCGGCUCGGGACCGAUUGGAACGACAGCACUAUGCUGUUUGUAGAUCGUUUGGGACACUAACAAGCUGUUCCGAACGCUACCUGCAGAAGUGUGGUUUUUGGGAGAUGGGUUAGAAAUUAAUUGUAUCAAUAGGCUAUCUGAGCAACGCACCGAACGAAUUGCGUACGGACAAUUCGUCUAGCUUCUUACCGCCCCCUUAGACUUGCCACUUGUGGAUAGUGCGGGUAGCGCACAGAAUUUUCCAUCCAAACUAUUUCAUACUACAGGCCUCCAGUGAGGGUGGAAAAUUUGAUCUGCAAGCAACUGUUUACCGCAAGCGAUCGUCACACAACUGAGCAUCCCUUGCUGCACCUGGUACUGGUUGGAAAUGUGGAAAUGUUCUGAGAGAAAAACACGCACAAGCGUAACCGUGUGAGCUUGACUUAUUCGCGCAUCCAAUUGAUCCGCUCGAAAACGGGGAAGCGCACGGCCAAGCGAAACCAAUUGUGCAAUACUCUCUUUUCUUCCGCUCGACUUUCGUAACCACUGAACGAAUCUUGUGCGCGGCAAAAGGACGAACAACGGAAAAACAAACAAUUGACUUGCGAAUGUAAUUAAAAUCGAAUGCAAACCUGCAAACCCGCAAAACACAGUGACACCGUAAAGUAAAUGGGUGACAAACAUCAAGACAUUCACCUUAACUGCAAUCGAUUAAAACGAGCGCGGUUUCCGCGCAAUUAAAUCCGACUUACAACGUUUUCCUUUUCGCUCGCUUGUUGUUGUUUUUCUCAAAAUUACAUAAAUUCAACCAAAACAACGUGCAAUGUUUGAACGACUUUUCCUCCGUAAGGCAACCUUCGCCGGGAAGGAAUUUGUUCAUCAGCAAACGCAUGAAAUAGCAAAUCAAACUCAUUUCCGAGUAGAAACCAAAUUCGGGCACCUCGAAACCGACGUUAAUGGAGAAUGGUUAGAAGAUAUAUGUUUUUUUGUACAACGGAACAACGUUAGGAACAAAAAAGACACACCAUUUAGAUUAGAGAGAGGAAGCUUUUUUUUGUGGUAGAAGAAAGUGAUCAAGGAUGCUCUGUGUUAGAUUUUUA